CUGGGAGGGGGGUGGGAAGAAAAGUAAGCGAUUCGAUCAAGAGGUGACCACCUUCAUCACAGCUGAGGAGUUGGAGUUUAGAUGUUUACUAGUCCUAUAUGAGAAAGAAAAAUGAGACUCAGGUCUCAGAAAACCCUGACCCCCUGCUCCGAGACGCCGAGGACCAUCCGCCGACGGCCCAACAAAGACACACCGAGACGAACGCGCCUGUCGGAGUCGGUGCCCGAAAGUCCGCCUCCAACAAAGGUUGAAGAGAUCUUGGAUCAUGACUCAGAAGAUGAAGUUCCUACGAUGACGAGGCGACCGCCGCCUCGUGGCCGGGCCAGGAAGAGGGCGAUCCCCGUGGAUGAGCGAGAAACAGAUUUGGACUUUAAAACUCCAGUCAGACCCAUCAUGCAACAUGAACGCAUACUGUCAGAGAUGGACCCGGUGUCUCCUCACAACGCAACAGCCAGAAACAUCUACUCACCCAUCGUGCGUUUCCUCACACCCAGCAAAGAGAAUUUGAAGUGUCCAGGAACCGGGACCAACAUAUUAAUGAGCCCAGAACAAGGCGUGUUUGGUUAUGGCUCCAUUGACCUUCUGGCUGGAGACGAGGACGAUGACGUCUUCAACCCUUUUACCUUCAUCAAGAACAUCCCGUCACAGUCUCAACAUUCCCGCCCUCGUCUCAGAGACAUUCCACCCAAGACCAGGAGCACUCCCGUGGCCACGCUGGUGGUUGAUCUGGAGGAGACCCUGAUGUUCAGCUCUCUGAACGUGAUUGAGGAGGCAGAGUACACCUUCCACACAGCUUUCCAGGACCAUCAGUAUAAGGUGUACAUGAUCCUGCGACCACAUGUGAAGGAGUUUCUGCAGGCCAUGGCCAAAAUCUAUGAGCUGUUUGUUUAUACGUGCGCAAAGAAGGAAUACGCAGAGAAGAUACUGGACGUCCUGGACCCGCAGAGAAAACUGUUUCGACAUCGACUGUAUCAGGACGACUGUGCCUGCAUCCUCGGCCACUACGUCAAAGAUCUCAGCAUCCUGGGGCGGGAUCUCAACAAGACGGUGGUUCUGGACAACGCGCCCCACACAUAUCCGUACCAUCUGAUGAACACGCUUCCCAUUAAGAGCUGGUCCGGGCAGACGGGCGACAGAGAACUGCAGAAGCUCAUCCCCUACAUGGAGAAACUGUCUGCAGCUGAGGAUUUUCAGGAGGUGCUGAAGAAGAGGAAGGAUCACUUCCACCGGCUGCUGUCGGAGGACUGACAGGACUCUCCGGCUCCCCCCGUUUCAACCACUUCACGUGACUUUCACAGUUCGUGUUUGCUUUCUUUUUGGCUAUAAAGCCGAAACCAGCUGGACCUAGCCGACCUGCGGGCUGGACGUGGACCCGAUCGCCCUCCUCCGUCCUCCUGACGACUUUAAAGGACGGCACACCGGCAUUCCAAACAUGCUGCUGGUCGUCCGUCACCAGAACCCCUCCUUCCUCCGACACCAUUCCACAGAAAACCAACCAGUGUGUGUGUACAUAUUAAAAACAUGUUGUUUAUAGUCAUAAUUUUUAUUUAUUGAUUAUAUUGCUAAUCAAUGGCCGUUAACUCUGUAUAUUUUAGAAAUGCUUUUUUAUGCAGUAAAGUUACCCUGAUGAUAAUAAAUGAUUCAAUAAAU